UUCUUAUCUCAACUCUUUUUUGUUGAACUUUGCAUUUCUUGUUAGUUCUCUUGCUGAAGAUCGGUUGGUUCUCUCUGAAAUUUGUCCUUUACACAGACAAUUCUAGCUGCCCUUGCAGAGGUCAGCAGCAUGCGCUUUGUGAAAGGUGUGGGGUCCUGCCCUGGGAUUAUGGGAAUUGAUUUUCCCAAGGCACAAUGGCUAUACAAGGAUAUAGGUUACAAGGCUUACAAAGUCAAGUCUGAUGUGGAUCUUCUCAAUCCCUUUACAUCCAUGUACUUUGGUGCUGCUUACAUGGAUUGGCUAUCACAAUACGAGGGAAGGGAAAGAACCCCACAGUUUGUUGUUCAUGCUUAUCUUGGAAGGCCAGAGAAUGUUAAUCUUCAGGAGACAGGCCCACUUUGGGUUAAAUUUGAGGAAGCCUUGAGCCAAUAUCCAGACUCAAAGAAGGAUCAAGGAAGCUGCACCAUUUUAUGAUCAAUGGAUCAUCUAUGUUAGGCGUCCUUGAUCAUGCCACCGGACUUUCAUUUCUGACCAGACUUAUGCAGCAGCUAUUCUUCAGAACUGCAUUAAGGAAGAUUUUAUUCGAUUCACACUUACUGAGUAAAAUCCAUAUAACUGGUAUUAAUUUCUUUGAACAGAAGACCCAGUUGUCUCAAACGAUGAUUAUUUUUCUUCACUUACUGUUGUACCCUGCACUCCUAUCAUAUUGGGUCUUAUUGCUUGGAAA